CCGCGGGCUCGGAGCGGCUGCCUGGGCUCCCGGCCCCGCCCGCCCGGCCGCCCCGGCCCCGCCGCCGCCGCACCUGCCCCGCGCAGCCCCGGGCCCGCCGCCGCCAUGGCGGACCCCGCCGAGUGCAGCAUCAAGGUGAUGUGCCGCUUCCGGCCCCUCAACGAGGCCGAGAUCCUGCGCGGCGACAAAUUCAUCCCCAAAUUCAAGGGCGACGAGACCGUGGUCAUCGGGCAAGGGAAGCCCUACGUGUUUGACAGGGUGUUACCUCCCAACACAACCCAGGAACAAGUUUAUAAUGCCUGUGCCAAGCAGAUUGUCAAAGAUGUUCUGGAAGGCUACAACGGCACCAUCUUUGCCUACGGACAGACCUCGUCAGGGAAAACCCACACCAUGGAGGGGAAGCUCCACGACCCUCAGCUGAUGGGAAUCAUCCCCAGGAUCGCCCACGACAUCUUCGACCACAUCUACUCCAUGGAUGAGAACCUGGAGUUCCACAUCAAGGUUUCCUACUUUGAGAUAUAUUUGGACAAAAUAAGGGACCUGCUUGAUGUGUCAAAGACAAACCUCGCUGUACAUGAAGAUAAAAACAGAGUCCCCUAUGUCAAGGGCUGCACAGAGAGGUUUGUGUCCAGCCCCGAGGAAGUUCUGGAUGUCAUCGACGAGGGGAAGGCCAACAGGCACGUGGCUGUGACAAACAUGAACGAGCACAGCUCGAGGAGCCACAGCAUCUUCCUCAUCAACAUCAAACAGGAGAACGUGGAGACGGAGAAGAAGCUCAGUGGGAAGCUCUACCUGGUGGACUUGGCUGGCAGUGAGAAGGUCAGCAAAACUGGAGCAGAGGGGGCAGUUCUGGAUGAAGCUAAAAAUAUCAAUAAGUCUCUGUCUGCUCUGGGCAAUGUGAUCUCGGCCUUGGCAGAGGGAACUAAAACCCACGUUCCCUACCGAGACAGCAAAAUGACCAGGAUCCUGCAGGAUUCCCUGGGGGGGAACUGCAGGACCACCAUCGUCAUCUGCUGCUCCCCCUCCGUCUUCAACGAGGCCGAGACCAAAUCCACCCUGAUGUUUGGCCAGAGGGCCAAGACCAUCAAGAACACGGUGUCUGUGAACCUGGAGCUGACAGCAGAGGAGUGGAAGAAGAAGUACGAGAAGGAGAAGGACAAAAACAAGAGUUUAAAGAAUGUUAUCCAGCACCUGGAGCUGGAGCUGAACAGGUGGAGGAAUGGAGAAGCCGUGCCCGAGGAGGAGCAGAUCAGUGCCAAGGACCAGAAGAACCUGGAGCCUUGUGAUAACACCCCAAUCAUUGAUAACAUCACCCCCGUGGUCGCCAGCAUCUCCACGGAGGAGAAGCAGAAAUACGAUGAGGAGAUCGCCAGUCUCUACAGGCAGCUGGAUGAUAAGGAUGAUGAAAUCAACCAACAGAGCCAGCUGGCUGAAAAAUUAAAGCAGCAAAUGUUGGAUCAAGAGGAGCUUUUGGCCUCCACGAGGAGGGAUUAUGAGAAGAUCCAGGAGGAGCUGACCCGACUCCAGAUCGAGAACGAGGCGGCCAAGGAUGAAGUGAAGGAGGUGCUCCAAGCCCUGGAAGAGCUGGCUGUCAAUUAUGACCAGAAAUCCCAGGAGGUGGAGGACAAAACCAGGACCAACGAGCAGCUGGCAGAUGAGCUGGCCCAGAAGAGUAGUGCCCUGACAGCGACCCAGAGGGAGCUGGGCCAGCUGCAGGAGCUCAGCAACCACCAGAAGAAGAGAGCCACAGAAAUCCUGAACCUGCUGCUGAAGGACCUGGGGGAGAUCGGGGGAAUCAUCGGCACCAACGACGUGAAAACUUUGGCAGAUGUGAACGGCGUGAUCGAGGAGGAGUUCACCAUGGCCCGGCUCUACAUCAGCAAGAUGAAGUCGGAGGUGAAGUCGCUGGUGAACCGCAGCAAGCAGCUGGAGAGCGCCCAGAUGGACUCCAACAGGAAGAUGAACGCCAGCGAGAGGGAGCUGGCGGCCUGCCAGCUCCUCAUCUCCCAGCACGAAGCAAAGAUCAAGUCCCUGACAGACUACAUGCAGAACAUGGAGCAGAAGAGGAGGCAGCUGGAGGAGUCCCAGGACUCCCUCAACGAGGAGCUGGCCAAGUUACGCGCUCAAGAAAAAAUGCACGAAGUCAGCUUCAAGGACAAGGAGAAGGAGCACCUGACACGACUCCAGGAUGCUGAGGAGAUGAAGAAGGCUCUGGAGCAGCAGAUGGAGAGCCACAGGGAAGCCCACCAGAAGCAGCUGUCCAGGCUGAGGGAUGAGAUCGAAGAGAAGCAGAAAAUAAUCGACGAAAUCAGGGACAUGAACCAGAAGCUGCAGCUGGAACAGGAGAAGCUGAGUGCUGAUUAUGAUAAAUUAAAAAUUGAGGACCAGGAAAGAGAAAUGAAACUGGAAAAGCUCAUACUCCUUAAUGAUAAAAGGGAACAAGCAAGAGAAGACCUUAAAGGGCUGGAGGAAACAGUGGCAAGGGAGCUCCAGACUCUUCACAAUCUGCGCAAGCUGUUUGUCCAGGAUCUUACCACCCGUGUUAAAAAAAGUGUUGAACUGGAUAGUGAUGAUGGAGGUGGAAGCGCGGCGCAGAAGCAGAAAAUUUCCUUUCUUGAGAACAACCUGGAACAACUUACAAAGGUUCACAAACAGCUGGUACGUGAUAAUGCAGAUCUUCGUUGCGAGCUUCCUAAGCUGGAGAAACGCCUUCGAGCUACGGCAGAGAGAGUUAAGGCCCUGGAGAGUGCACUGAAGGAGGCCAAGGAAAACGCCAUGCGCGACCGCAAGCGCUACCAGCAGGAGGUGGAUCGCAUUAAGGAGGCCGUGAGAGCCAAAAACAUGGCCCGGAGAGCACACUCUGCCCAAAUUGCCAAGCCCAUCCGCCCUGGUCACUACCCAGCGUCCUCUCCGACGGCCGUCCACGCCAUCCGAGGGGGAGGGAUGUCCAACUCCAGCUACUACCACAACACCAAAUAAACGAGAGGUCAGUUCCACUUAGCAUGUUAAGGACUGUCAUUAAGUCACAUUAGUUUCUUUUUUGCCCCUCUCCAACCCGGCCCACGUCCUGCCCAUCCUGCGCUUCCCACGGCCGGCGGCGACGCCCCGCUCCAGGUACUCCGAGCUUCGUAGGAUCUCCACGUGUACAGAAGUGUCCAGCUCAGCUCCUCCAGAUCCUUGUACAGUGUCUGGAACAUCCCCACCUCAGUAAGGAUGAUAGGGAGUCUGCCACUCCGAAUUCCACCACCCCUUGGCGCUGCUUAGGUUGGGGCUUCUCCACUCAGAGUGAUGCUUUUGUUUUUUUUUUUUUUCCGAGUCCUCCGUUGGCAUCGGUAAUUCCCGACUUCUGGCAUCAAGGAAUUAAUUACUCAAUGACCAAGUGCCAUCAAAGGCAGGUGAUUGUGCUCUGUCAUGACUGAUUUCCUGUAUAAUAUACAUAUUAUUUUAUAUUUUUAGGGGAUGAAAAUGUGCUGCUAUGUGGUUUAAUUUUACUGCUUAACAUUUUCAGAAGGAAAUUUCCCCAAAGAACCAUUUGUAAUAUCCUGAUUAAAAAAAAAAAAAUCUUUGGACUGUAUAAAAUAACCUUUAUUGCAGUACCUGGUAAAGAACAAAUGGGAUGCAGAGAAAUCUGUUAGUAUAGACGUAGGGUUUGAAGUUUGGUAGUUCCAUGAAUUUAUCUGUGUGACCUGUUUCAAAAUUCAGCUCCUAUUCCCUUGUAGUUCUCCCUGCAGUGGUGGGUUUUCCUGGAGUGGGACGGCUUAGCCACGUGUUUGUAAGAGAUGUUCCCUAGGAGUUUUUGAAGGAUUUCAGAAUGCUGUGGAAAUCUUGCCUUGGAAAAUCUGACCAGCAUCUCCCCCCUCCUCCUUUCCCCAGACAAGCCCUGAUCUGUUCACACCGGAAUUCAGAUCCCAGAGGGAACAGUCCCCUACCAGAACAAAGGAAAAUAAAAUCCCCCAAACCCUUCCUUAGAAAAAAUCCUAAAGGAGGUGAGAGUUGUACACUCGAACUGUCCUUUGCAGAACAAAUUUGGGAAUUUUUUUUGCUGGGAUGUGAGGAGCACGUUUCCAGGGGAAGGGAAUGUCUUUCUAAGCCAUUAUAUCCACACAUCCUGUGGAAGGUCCAGAGGGAAGGAAAAGCCUUCCCUGGAUCUCUCAGACAGCAAAUUUCCAUCUUCCCAGCAAGGGGGCACUGGAAUUGCUGUGGGAAGGUUCUGCUGGCAGGCAGAAGGUGCUGCUCCUCCUCUUCCUCCUCCUCCUCCUCCUCCUCCUCCUCCUCCUCCUCCUCCUCCUCCUCCUCCUCCUCCUCCUCCUCCUCCUGCCUCCCUCCCCAUCUCCUGGGGCAGGUGGGACUCCAGGAAGCCGGGAUUCCAGGAAGGCUCCAGGAAGCUGGAAUUCCAGGAAAGCUCCAGCCGAGCAUAGCCCUCUGGUCUUCUUUUGCAGACGUUUGCUCUUUUUUAAUUUGAGACUGAUUGGGAUUGUUUUUUUAAUUUCUGAAUGUGUAGGUGUAGAACUCUUCAGUUCCUUAGAGCGUUUUGGAAGAUUGUGAGUUGACUUUAGGUAUUUUUUUCUACUGAAAUUAGGGUGUUGCAAAGUAAGUUAAACUUAAUUUAACUGGUUUUUGUUUUUUGUUUUUUGAGGUGUGUUUUUUUUUAAUGUUGCACUAUUUUGGGGGAGCAUUUUGCUAAACAUAUUUAAUGAAGUUGCAGAUUUGCAUGUAUUUAAUUUAUUUUGUAUUUUCCGAAGUUUUAUAUUUUCUUUCGUUACGUGCAUGUGCACUGCCAGAAGAAUGAACUGUGAACUUGCCAUAUGCAAUCUUUAAUAAAAUCACUAACUCAGAACUCCUCUGUGCUAUCUUACCAGCUGGUCAGAGCUGAGCUUUCUACUAGGAAUUAAUAAUCCUCUUGUUUUGGUUCUAGGAAAAAUCCCAAGCUUAUUUGCUGUUGAAGAUUUUUGUACUGUAGGCAAACUUUUUGUUGUGUCUCUCAGAGUUUGGUACGGAAUUCUAUUGUAAAUGCAGCAUUCAUGACAACUAAAAGGUCUGGAUUCCUCAAGGCAUCACCAGGAAUUUUUUGGGGGCGGUUCUGCCAGCUCCCUGCAGCUUGAGGGAGAAGUGAACUUGGACAUCUCUUCCUCGUGCUGGUGCUGAUCAGCCAGUCAGUGCCACCAGCAGCAAAACGACGAAGUUUCUCCAAGUUCCCUUUUACACCAACACUGCAGGAGGACUUUCAGCAGUGCCCCAAAGAUGCCUUGGGCUAAAAUCCUCAAAAUUAAAUACCCGAGAUAUCUGAUAGUUGGAAAUUACAAAUUCUCACUUGAACAUACUCUGCUUGUAUCAAUUUUUAUUUUUGAAGCCUAUUUUAAUUAGGCAACUUCAGUUUGUACCGCGUGUUGUAUAUUCAACUUUUGUACCAUUUCUAAGGCUUUCACAUUUUAUAUCUGGAAAGGAAAACCACACAUCUGCUCUGCAGAGAUCAGACCCUGUCUCUUGCUGUUUCCUGACCCCAUCUUCCUUUCUUUGCUCUUUGAGUGUUGUGUUCUAUUUAUUCCAGGCUCAUUUUUAAAGUUGUGGUUUGUACAGCGCAAAUGAAAUUUCACAUCAAAAAAUGUCAUGCAUGGGACAAAGUGGGGUGGAAAUACCAUUCCCAAAUGGAAAACGGAUUUCAGAUGGAACUAAAGUGCAUAUUGUUCUUUUUGCUAGUAAUUGAAAAGUAUUUCUGGCUCACUUGAGCUUCUCUUAUUGAUAUGUUCAAAUAUCCUGUGUUUGUCCUUGAGUUUACGUUUCAUCGACUUGUUUUCUGGAAAGCAAGGAAAGUUUUAAGCUUGGAAAGACCUUGGCUGAUGCAUUUUUAAGUUUUGUAUUAAACUCAACAAGGGUGAGAGCUGGAUUAUCCUGAAGAUGCUGAAAACUUAAAAAUAAGUCACCAAAAAAAUGUUGCUACAACAAUUCGCGCCCACAGAGCCUUGAGUAGCUUUUCAGUUUCGCUUUAUAAAGCCUAACGGACUAAGAUGCACAUUUGUCUGAAAUCUUUAUAAAUUAUAGGAUCAUGGAACAGUUUGCUUGGAAGGGAUUUUAUAGAUCAGCUGAUUGCACCCCUGCCAAGGCAGGGACACCUUCCACUGUCCCAGGCUGCUCCAAGCCCCAUCCAGCCUGGCCUUGGACCCUUCCAGGGAUCCAGGAGCAGCCACAGCUGCUCUGGGCACCCUGUGCCAGGGCCUGCCCACCCUCACAGGAUUCCUUCCCAAUAUCCUGUCUAACCCUGCCCUAAGGCUGGAAAAUAAACGAAAUCAAGAAUUCUAAUUUGAGCACGGUUUUAUUCUAAGAACUGUUCAAACAACGGCGACGCAGUUCCGAAGGAAAAGGGCUCACCAGAUUCCCCUCGCUGGAGGAGAAAUACCUCACAUAACCAUGCCUGAAGUACUCCUCCACGGGGGGAAACAGAGGGAAAGGAGUGGGCAGGAUAAUCUGGAUCUCCCCUUGCUUUGGUUUUGUCCUCUGUGUGCCUGCAGGAGCCGUCCAUCCGCUGUGCGGGAUGGAGGCCCCCGGCCUGAGGCACUGCGUAGAGUUAGCCCUGUCUAGUUUGUAAAGUGUGUAACGUGUACUGCAGAUGUGUAUUCUCUGGGCUCUAUGUAUCUUUACAGUAGUGUUCCAUUUAGGAGAAAAAAAAAGAGAAAAACAACAACAAAAAAAAAAGAUAAAUAAAUGGUGGACACGUUUUGCUGGUAACAAGGGGAAAUUUUUUUUUUUUUUUUUUUUGCCAUUGCAUCAAAUGAUGCUGAACUGUAUUAAACUCUUGAUAGCAGACCUGAACCCUCCUCCUCCCCCCAGCCCGUGGAGAGAAGUCUUUUAUCUUCGUGCUGAAGUUCUGUCGGAGAUGGAUGGAUACACUGGCAGACUGCAUGAUGUAUCAUUCGAAAUCCGUUACAGUGGAAAAUAAAACUGAACUGAA